AUGUGCUGCCAAUACGUAGCCCGAUUCGGCCCGGGAGUGAAGGGUGCCGUGCCCUCAUGGUUUCUGCAGUUUCUGGUGAUCAAGGCCGUGCCGGAGGAGCAAACGUGGGCCCAAGCGCUCAGCCUCUCGGUGCCCUAUGGGGUCCUCUGCUUCGUUUUCGGACACGACCUCCUGCGAUGCAGACGAUGCAGGGCCCGAGAACACAAGCGGCUGAAGCUGUCGCAGGUGCUCUUCGAACGCCAUUUCGGCAUUCAUGGGACUCACUACCUUGUCAAGGUAGCCGUGCUGCAGCUGGCCACGAUAUUGUUGCAGGCAUUCGGGAAGCUCAGCUUGCUUGCGGGCAUCGUUACGUUUGCCAUGCAGCAGCAGGUCCUGAUGCUGCCAGGUCUGAAAUUGGCCUUUUGGCUAUUUUGGGGCUUGCUUUCCUGGAAUGCCAUGUAUCCCACGAUUCUUUUCCUAUUUCCGGACGCCACCUGGGCACGAUACGGCGCGGCGUGCAUGGACGUAGCUCUGGACCUGGGGUAUACGGUCAGCUACAUGCUGUUGGUGGUACUGGGGAUCUCCGAGCUGGACACGGAGACGUCGGUGAAAGGGAACUUCGGGCAGGUGGCAGAGCUUGGCUUUAGCACUAGUAUCAGCCCAGCGUUUGCUUUCCCCUCGGACAUCUUGAAGUUUCUGGCCGUUUACAUGACCGUUGCCCACAUCUGCUGCUGCGUGUUCUGUGCAAGCUUCAGUGGGAAAGGAUUUGCCAGGCGAUGUCUGAUCUUGGUCUACUCCCCAGCGUUGCUGCUUCUCCUCGCCUUGUUCCUGACGUCAAGUGACUUCUACCCUGGCCAUUCGGGCGACUUCCGCUGCUUCCCCUGCCGCUGCUCGCAGGACCCGGCGCAGCUGCAGAGCGUGACAUCUGCGCGUUGGAACGUCACCGUGGGGCCCACUCCUGAGUUGUCCUGCACCCUCCACGCGGACGGCUGCAUCAGCAGCACCUCCUAUCCAAUGCGUUAUCCGAACAACGAUUUUUGCCGGAUCCAGGUCCACGAGGGCGGCUGGCACAUCCAUGUGCAGGACUUCGAGACUGAAGGGUAUUAUGACAAGUUGACAUUCAACAGCUUGGAGUUCAGCGGAUUUGGCACCUGGGAAGGUCCGCGUGGCAUGGUGCCGAGGGGCACCAUCGAGUGGCGCAGCGCCGCCUGGCUGUUAAGGCGGGGCAAGGACUCCAGCGGGAGGAGCAAAGGCUGGAGGAUCUGCCUCCGCCCUCCCGUGCGCCUGGAGAGCUGCUCCUUGGCCGCGGUGCUGCGCCAAGCCGAGGUGGUCGUGACCGGCUUCGACCUUAUCGCCGAGGGCGCCUUCGACCCGUUGGGCUGUCACGUGCGGCGCUUGUCGCUGACCAACGGCACGCUCAGCACGCUGCCUUUCGGACGCUUCCGGCGCCUCGCCUGUCUGCGAGCUCUGGACUUGGGCAAGGGACUCCUUGCCACCCUGGAGCAAGGAGCCUUUGAAGGCCUUGCAGACCUUCGCCUUCUGUCGCUCAGCCAGAACAAAAUCAAGCACCUCUCCGACGAGCACCUCCGCCCCCUUGCCAAUCUUGAGGAGCUUUACCUUUGCGGCAAGAGCGACGAAGAGCACCGCCCUCUCUUCCAGGGGAACGAGUUGGCCAGCCUUCCUAGCUUCUCGCACAACCCUCACCUGGAAGUGCUAGACGCGAGCGAGUGCCGCUUGACCGGCUUGGAGAGCAACGCCGUGGCGCACCUCCGGAACCUCAAAGUCCUAGACCUUGGCUCCAACAAGCUCCGCCGCAUCUCCAGCACGGCCCUGUCAGGCCUGGGCUCUUUGCAGAAUCUGACCUUGGGCUCGAACCGGCUGGCCUCCCUCCCGGAAAGGCUCUUCCACGGCUUGGACUCGCUGCGGACGCUGGAGUUGUACAACAACCAGCUGGCCUCGCUCUCGAAGAGGCUCUUCCACGGCUUGGGCUCCCUGCAGACGCUGGAUUUGGACCACAACGACCUGGCGUCGCUCCCCGUUGACCUCUUUCACGGCUUGGACACUCUGCAGACGCUGGAUUUGCACAGCAACUGGCUGGCCUCGCUCCCGCUUGGGCUCUUCCGCGGCUUGGACUCUCUGCAGAGGCUGUAUUUGGACGGCAACCAGCUGGCCUCGCUCCCGCUUGGGCUCUUCCGCGGCUUGGACUCGCUGGAGACGCUGCAUUUGGAUGGCAACGAGCUGGCCUCCCUCCCGGUUGGGCUCUUCCAGGGCUUGGACUCUUUGCAGAUGCUGGAGUUGCAGCACAACGAGCUGGCCUCGCUCCCGGUUGACCUCUUCCACGGCUUGGAUUCUCUGCAGACGCUGGAUUUGGCCGGCAACCAGCUGGCCUCGCUCCCGCUUGGGCUCUUCCGCGGCUUGGACUCUCUGCAGAAUCUGUGGUUGGACGACAACAGCAAGCUGAGCUGGUCCGUGAGGAGGUGUGUUGAGGCCGCCUUGAGCUGCGAGAACU